AUGAUGGUGUCCCAUCUCCCGGAAGAUUUGGUAGAGGAAAUACUGUCUAGGGUUCCGGGCACAUCUUUGAAACGAAUACGAUUAACUUGCAAACGAUGGAAAGCUUUAAUCAAAGAGCCAGAAUUCUCCGAGAAGCACUUUCGUAAUGCUCCAAAGCAAUCUCGUCUUCUCAUGUUGAAGGAUUUUAGACUUUGUCCAGUGAUCGUCGAUCUUAAUGUUGUUCCUCCAUCUAUAGAGUUUAAUGGUGCACUGAACCCAAAGGAUUCCCAUUCUAAUUCAGAACAAGUCGAUAUAGCUACAGUUUCUCACCUCGACGGUUUGUUGUUAUGCAUCACUAGAGACGACAGACUCGUGGUUUGGAAUCCAUAUUUAGGAGAAGCAAGGUGGAUCCAACAAGAAAAUGGUUACAAGAACUACUCUAGCUUUAAUCUAGGGUAUGAAAAUAAGAAAUCUGGCCGCAACUACAAAGUCUUGAUGCAUUCGAAAGGUUUCAAAACAAAAGGCCUAGGCCUAGUUAGUGGAUUUGAAGUCUAUGAGUUUAGCUCUAGUACAUGGAGAGUUGUUAAUGCUCCUAAGUGGGUCAGAACAAUUUAUCAUCGUGGCGUGGCUUUGAAGGGAAAUAUUUAUUGGAUUUGUCAUGAUGAAAAAGACAACUACUUCCUCAGUUUUGAUUUUACAAAAGAGACAUUUGGACGUCUGUGUCUUCCCACAUCUCCCAAUCGUGGUUAUAAGGCUCUAUCAGUUGUUGGAGAGGAAAAACUCUUAGUGUUAAGGAACAGCUCUGAUACUUCAAAGAUGGACAUAUGGGUGACCAAUAAAUUCAAUACUAAAGCAGAGUUGUCAUGGAGCAAAUACUUUUCAGUGGGCGUAAACCGUAUUCGUCCUUUCAUGUGUCUUUUAAUCGACGAGGAGAAGAAAGUGGCCUUGUGUUACAAUACAUGUUCUCGGAUAGGCCUGGACGCCUUAUACACUAUUGGAGAGGACGAUAAAUAUUUCACAGAAAUCCCUUGUAGGGAAGAACCAUGUUUGACAUUAAGUGAUAUAUGGUUGCCAUUUAUUUUCAACUAUGUUCCAAGUUUGGUUCAUAUCCAAUCAAACUAA